UCAAAAAUGUUACUUCUCAUUUGAUGCAUGCAAAAGGGGCUUCUUAUCUGCUUGUAGGCCUAUUAUUUUCCUCGAUGGCUGUCACUUGAAGACACAAUAUGGAGGUGUGCUUUUAAGUGCUGUAGGAAUGGAUCCUAAUGAUUGCAUAAUUCCUGUGGCUCAUGAAGUAGUGCAAAGUGAAGAUACAAAAGCCUGGAGAUGGUUCUUGACUGCAUUGAAGCAAGAUCUUGGCAUACAUAACACAGAUCUCUGGACCAUCAUGUCUGACAAGCAAAAAGGUUUACUGAAAGCAGUGAAGGAAUUGUUCCCACUUUCACCACACAGAUUUUGUGUGAGGCAUCUAUGGCAGAAUUUCAACAAGAAUUUCAAGGGAGAGGCCUUAAAGAACCAGCUAUGGAAAUGUGCUAGAAGUACUACAGAGGGAAGGUUUAGGGAAAAUAUGAACCAAAUGUUAGUUCUCAGCAAAGAGGCCCAUGACUGGCUGGAUGAGUUGGAUCCUAAAACAUGGGUCAGGGCUUAUCAAAAUGAUUUCCCAAAGUGUGAUGUGCUGCUCAAUAACAAUUGUGAGGUAUUCAACAGGUACAUCCUGGAGGCUAGGGAGAUGCCAAUUAUAAGCAUGUGCCAGAGGAUCAAGGGCCAAAACAUGGGAAGGAAUUAUGGAAAACAACAAGAGGAAUUUAAUCUACAGACAGCUGGUGUUCUUAACCAUGACCAACCUUUGUAUCAUUCAGAGAUGCUAGCUACUUUAACACAGGAAAGAGAAUCAAGGCAGAGAGAGGAAGUUGUGCAUGGCCCACUACCUGAGAAUGCUUUCAUACAGCAGCAAGCCCUCUCACAGCCUCCAAUUCAACCUACAACAGCAACGAAAACUGGUGAUGUGCACAGGAAGAGAGAGGUUGUUGCAUUUGCCAGACUUAGAGCAGCAGCUGAGAGAAGAGAGAUAGCCGAUCAGGCCAAGUUUGAUGCAGCCAUUGCAAAAUUAAAAGAAGAAGAGGACAAAAUCAAGUUGUCUGCUCAAAAGAAGAAAGAUGACCAACUAGCAAAGAAACAUGCUGCAGAGGAGAAAAAGAAGGCUGCACUUGAAAAGAAAAAAGAAUUGCUGCAGAUGAGAGGAAGAAAGCUAGUGAGGAAAAUAAAAAAAAGGCCCUAGAGGAUAAACUGGCCAUGGCAGACAAAAGGAGAGAAGCUAUGGAGAAAAGGAAAAAAGAAGCAGAAGAGGCAAAAAGAAUUAAGGCAAAAGAAAGACAAAGAAUUGCUGAAGACAAAAAAAGAGUUUGCAAGACUAAAUUUGAUGCAGAAGAGGCAUUGUUUCUUAUAAAUCAAGCAGAUGAGAUUGAUAGGCAGCAAUCAUUUCUGCAAACACAGGAGACAGCAAGGCAAAGAGCUUGGGAGCAGCAGACUGUCCAGCAGGAAGCUACAAGAGUGCAGGCAGCUUUGCAGGAUGCAGAUAAGACGAAGGCACAACACAAGACAGAGAAGCAAUGGUGGAGGAGCAGAGGAUGAAUGCAUGUCAGUCCAAAACUACAACAAUGAAGAGAACUGGAGCAAGCUCUAGUCAAAACAGGAGAACAUUUAAAAAACCAAGAAAAGUUAGCAUGUUUGAUGAACUUAGGGGUGGUUGAAAAUUAACGAAAAGUGGUGGUUUCAUUUUGUGUUCUGUUUGUGAUCAGAUGUAGAACGUGUUAAUGAACAUGUUCUGCUCGUGAUCAUGCUCCAGACCAUGCUGGAUAGCUUUUGUAAUAUGCUUUCUUUUGUAGUAUGUAAACUGGAUGUCAGACUUGUUAUAUGCUCCAGAAUAUAAUGGAUAGCUUUUGUAAUAUGUAAA